UUCUUAACUUUGGCUUUAGGGUUUGAGCCUCUACUGCCUCAACCAGAUUCUCAAUGUCAAAAAGCAGAAUGUCUGUUUGAUGAACUUGAGGACAACAGGAAGUUUGGGCAACCCAGGCUCCUUGGAUGAGACCACCUAUGAAAGACUGGCCGAGGAGACCCUGGACUCCUUGGCAGAGUUUUUUGAAGACCUUGCAGACAAACCGUACACAUGUGAAGACUAUGACGUCUCCUUUGGGAGUGGUGUUUUAACAAUUAAACUGGGCGGCGAUCUCGGGACCUACGUGAUCAACAAGCAGACCCCGAACAAGCAGAUCUGGUUAUCUUCGCCAUCCAGUGGCCCCAAGCGCUACGACUGGACCGGGAAGAACUGGGUGUACUCCCACGACGGCAUGUCCCUCCAUGAGCUGCUGGCCACGGAGAUGACGGAAGCCUUCAAAACCAAACUGGACUUAUCUUCUCUGGCCUAUUCUGGAAAAGACACUUGAUGCCCAGCCCCGUUGGAAAGACA